AGUCCAAUGCUGCUGGACAGUUGGUGGUCAAUCCUCGAGGAUUUCGCAUUUGGCGCCUUUGCGCCCGAGUGGCCGAGACGUUUUUACGUUCACUCCGUAGAUUGUACCUGACAGCGUCGACUGAGGCAGCGUACUGUGUGUGCGCGGUGUUCUCUAAAGGCGGAAGAGAGAAGACUCGCGUGAACGUCCUGGCCGCCCUGGCCCAAAAAAACGUUAGAACCAUUAGAAGAUCUUUCGCUGAAAGGGUCAGGAACAUGCUGCGAUAGAUUCUGCGCUGGGGAGGAUGUGGUUGAAAGAAGGCACUUUGAGGUGCAAGUUCGGGUGAGACAGCGACGUCUUGGUUUCAAGGACCAGCUGAAACAGGCAACGCUGGCAAAUAGAUGCCACCUACACACUUUCGGACACACCUCCAAGUCUGCAAGUGCCACAUGUUUUUGACAAACGUGGUUAUCCUUGGAGCUCCAAGCUUUGGCUCCGUCCACAUACCUUGGGUUGUCCUCGGCCCAGUAGACCUCACAUAUCCAGUCGACUCGCUGCCACGAUGAAUUUUGUCGAAGAAGACCUUGUCGAGGCCUUUCCACCGGUGGGGCUCUACCACCAUGUGCUCCGCCUCCGAUGGGGUGCUGGCGCGGUCCUUUUCCUGAUCCUCGGGAAGACUGAUCUUCUUUUGGAGGAGAAGCUGGUUCCUGCCAUUGCCGUUGAGGAGUUCCGCCUGGCGGUGCCGCCACUCUUGGUUCCCGCUGAGCACAUUGUCGCAGCGGGACGAUCCGACGCUGGGAGGCCCUGCAGUUCCUUGUGCGAGUCCGUGGGGAAGGUCUGCUAUGCUGCCGACUUGCUCUACCUCAACAACUGCGAGGUGCUCCGCGAGUACCACAAAUGCUCCCGCUGCGAAGCAUCAAAGGGACCGGACCAGCCAGCCUUCUGGAUGCCUCUGAGGGGCAACCGUGCCUCAGGUGGCUGCCUCUACAACUCCGACGUGCUUCAGCAUCCGCCAUCGUGUGAUGGGGCACAUCCUGAGACGCAGCGCUUGUGUGCUUGCAGAACGCCUCUGAUGGCCGCCACAGCUGAGAAGGCCCCCGAGAAGGCGAAGAUGGUGGUGCCCAAGGUGACGAAAACGGAGGUCCAACAGGUGUCAAUGACGGCAGAGGCGGCUGGAUGGAAGCCGGGCGUCCGUGCAGAGGCCUGGCGAAAAGACAUCGCGGCCUUUGCCCCGAAGGAGCGCUCUGGAACCGCUCAGCCGCCUCCGCCGCUGCUGCUGCUGGCCGGCGACCGUCCGGAGGCGGCGCGAGAGACGGUGCAGGCGUUGCUGGCGUUGAGGGGCUUCCAGAUGGAUCGCCUGCUGGUGUCCUUGGGGUGUUGCGGUGCCGAGGUGGAGCGAACCAAGCGGACCUUGGAGGUGAACUUCCCAAAGGUCACGGUUCACGAAGAGGAGACCCCGCUGGGCGGGUCUUUGCGAGGUCGCUCUCGGCUACUGGCUGACUCGGCAAGAGACACUGAGCACUUGCGGAUGGCGCUUACCCGCAGCUUGAACGCUUUCAAUAGCAGCAGUUUGCUGGUGGUGCACGAGGGCACACUCUUCUCUCCGGAUUUCCUUCAAUUCUUCAGUCAGCUAGAGUUAGUCAUGGAGGAGGAUGCUACAGUUUGGUGUGUUGGAGCCUGGAAUGAUGCAGGCUUGGCACCUUAUGUGGCAGACCGCACUGCGUUGCUGCGCACGGACUGGCACCCUGCAAAGUAUGCCUGGAUGAUGCGUCGCCAGACGCUUCAGGAGCUGCUCUCUCAGUGGCCGGGUGCCGAAUGGGAACGCUUCCUUCGGAUGGACCAGAUCCGCCUGGACCGACACUGCAUCAUCCCUGAGGUGUCUCGCUGCUACCCCUUCGGCCCUUCCAAUUUGGAUGAUCCUGCACUUCGCCGCAGCGAGCGCGCCGCCUUUGACGAGUUCCACCGGACGAUCGUUUGGAACCAGGAUGCAUCGGUGGUGCAGCUGGGUGAUGUGCGGCGAUUGCUGGAAGGGUCUUAUGAAAAGCUCUUGCUGCAUGACUGGCCGGGAGAUGAAGCUUUAGUGAAGAGCAACCGGACCACGUUUCGCCAGCUGUUGAAAGUCACGGAGGGGAAUUGGCACCUGGUUCUGGAGGACCGCCAGUGGUCAAAGGCAGCUUCCUUCCUGCGACUGCCUUCCACCAAGGAGAUCCAUUUACCAGCUUCAUACAGAGGUUACCUGAGGCUCCGUUGGAGAAACGCCGUGCUGCACUUGCUGCUGUCCAACUCGCCCCUUUUGGCAUCGGCCGAGAUUCCCACCGCAGCGCCCAAGAAGGUACAGGACUUCCAAGUCGCAGCUCCGGUGCUCCGAGCACCGGUGGUGUCCGUGGUGGUUGGACACUUGGGCCAAAGCUGCGACGUGACCUGUGCGCGUGAAGUGGGCGCUUUCAGGUGUCAUGAUGCAGACUUGUUGUUCCUGAACGGCUGUUCAUCGAUGCGGCAAAUUCUGGGGCCAGAUGCUUGUGGCGAGUGUUUGGCAUCAGAUGGUCAGGACUAUCCCGCAGUGGUGCUUGUGGAUGCGCAGUUGUCGGCCGAAGUGCCAGAGUUUGAACUGAACUUCAAAGGUAAGUUCAACUUUGAGGAACACAGCCCCUCCUUGGGGAGUUGCCUUUUUGCAGCCAACCUCGCUCAACCGCCCAGAUGCCAUGCUUCACACCAGCGAUUGGCGCGACUGUGCCCUUGUCGAGCAACGCCCAAUGUUGCGAAGUCUGGUGGUCCACCUGCUCAUCCACCGAGCGACCGGGCCAUCUACAGUUACUUACUUUCCGGGUGCCCUGAGGCUUGGUGGAUGUCACCUUGCCGUCGCAGCGCUGCGGAGCCAGCUUCGGGAAUCGCCUGGCCGCGGACUGCGCUGCUGCAAGCUUCUUUUGUUGCUCAGGAGCCAUGUGGUGUGGCAACAGCGCCCUCCACUGCCAAAGCCCUGACCAUGAGUGUCGAGGGGGGUCCUCGCCCUUUACCUUCUGUGGCGCAGGGUGGACCUUGCGGUUGAAGAGCCUCAACUUGCCUCCACUAUGAGGCGCUCCUCGUUGACCCAAAGUGGCCGACACCAUUGUACAUAGCGCUGCGAGUGACGCGCGC